AUGGGUUCAGAAACUCAGGACAAUAUGUUCAAGCCAUAUGACCAGUUCAUCCUCUUCGGAGACUCCAUCACGCAGAUGGCCUGCAACCAAGAACUAGGCUUCGCUUUUCACGCCGCACUCCAAGAAUCCUACAGUCGGAGACUAGACGUGGUCAACCGCGGUCUCGCCGGAUAUACCACCGCACAUGCCGUCAAAGUCUUUGAGAAAUUCUUCCCCAGCCUAGAAACAGCCACCGUGCGCUUCAUGACCGUUUUCUUCGGCGCCAACGAUGCAUGUGUCCCAGGCCACAGCCAGCAUGUGCCUGUGGAGACAUACAAGGAGAAUCUGAAAACUAUUAUCCAGCACCCAGCAACCCGCACACAGAACCCGCGCAUCAUCUUGAUCAGCCCGCCGCCCAUCAAUGAGUAUCAGCUGGAGAGCUUUGAUGCUGCAAAAGAGACUCCGCACCCGAGCAGGACGGCUAGUGGGACCAGGCAGUAUGCUGACGCUGCGCGGGAAGUUGGUGCUUUACUCAAUGUCCCUGUGGCGGAUCUUUGGACUGCAUUUAUGAAAUCUGCCGGGUGGGAAGAGGGACAGCCUUUGGCUGGGUCUCGCGAUGCUCCAAAUUCUGAAACACUUUCGGGUCUUCUUACUGAUGGAUUGCAUUUGACUCCUGCUGGUUAUCGUAUUGUUUAUGAUGAAGUCAUGAAGGUGAUUGAGGCUAAUUGGCCAGAUCAGUUGCCGGAUAACCUUCCGAUGGUGUUCCCGUCGUGGGUUGAUGCACCGAAAUAA